GGGCCGCCCCCCGUAGCCUGGUAACGGCGGCUCUGCGGGCGGGGGCGGCCCCGGCAGCCGCGGUCAGGUGGCACCGCCGAGACGGAGCCGGCCGAGCACGAUAAAAGUCCCGGCCCGCCGCCGCCACGGCCGCGAGGGAGCGCGGAGCCGCCGCCCGGGAGCUAUGCUCGGUGUUGGACACACUCCAUGAGCCCUCCCAGCCUCAGCAGCCCAGAGCUCCAGGGUGCCGCUCCGUGAUUUAGAGCAGGACUUUGUUACCAAGCUGACUGAGCAGCGGGAGCCGUCGCUGUCCUGCCACCACCAGGCCAGACAAUCCCUCCCUUGGCUGAAGAUCCCGUUGGCUCUCUUCCCACAAUGGAAGCCUGAGUUGCCAAGCUCCUCCAUGACCUCCAGAAGCCACAACUCCCUGCCGAGAACUCUGAUGGCUCCGCGCGUGCUGUCGGAAGGCGCCCUGGGGGGCAUCGCGCAGAUCACGCCCUCGCUCUACCUGAGCCGGGGCAGCGUCGCCUCCAACCGCCACCUGCUGCUGUCCCGCGGCGUCACCUGCGUCAUCAACGCCACCAUCGAGAUCCCCAACUUCAACUGGCCGCAGUUCGAGUACGUCAAGGUGCCUCUGGCCGACAUGCCCAACGCGCCCAUCUCGCUCUACUUCGACAGCGUGGCCGACAAGAUCCAGAGCGUGGCGCGCAAGCACGGCGCCACGCUGGUGCACUGCGCCGCCGGCGUCAGCAGGUCGGCCACGCUCUGCAUCGCCUUCCUCAUGAAGCACCACAAGGUGUCCCUGCUGGAGGCCUACAGCUGGGUGAAGGCGCGGCGCCCCGUCAUCCGGCCCAACGUGGGCUUCUGGCGGCAGCUGAUAGACUACGAGAGGAAGCUCUUUGGGAAGAGCACGGUUAAAAUGGUACAGACGCCCUAUGGCAUCAUCCCAGACGUUUACGAGAGAGAGAGGAGACCCCUGCUGCCUUACUGGGGAAUUUGAUGGGACUGCAGGGGGGAGCACAGCAGAAGGGACGUGACCAGGCUGGAGACAUUCCCUUCUCCUUCUACAGCCAACUUUGGUUCUUUACCAUACAGCAGAACCUCAGUUCUCACCUCACUAACCUGCAAGGCCAACGAUUCCCUUCAAAGCAUUUUUCUCUAUGGGGAUUUCCCAUCUGCAUCUCUGAUUUAGCAAAACCAGGUCUCAUUAUAAGUUUAUUCCUUCCAUAAAGCCUCUGUCUUUUUUUUUUUUUUUUUUUUUUUAGUCAGUUUAUUAGGAUCCUCUGAGGAAGGGCCUAAGAGGCACUGGGCAGAGCUGAUGACCCAAGUGUGCUUCGUGCUGCAGUAGUAGCCUGGAUAUUUUGUUAGAGCUUGUUUGCUUCCUUGCAAAACCCUGUAGUGGCUGAGGAGCAGCACUGGCCAGGGUUCCCCAGGCACCAGGGAGGCAGGAACACAGGGGCUGUGGUGCUAGUGCUGGUGUUUUCUUUAACAUCCAUAGUGACUCUCAGUAUAUAGUGUUUGAGAUCUUUAGUCAGCUCUUAAUCAUAUUGAAAGUUAGGGGGAAAAAAGGGAAAAAAAAGCCAAACAAAAAAAAAAAGUGAAUCAGUCCAUGUUGGCCACAAGUAAAAUAAAUAUGGAGCAAUUCAAAUCAAAUAAUACAAGAUCCUUUUUCACUCAUUCCAUGCCAGGGCAAUAAUCCUGGAAUACACUUCAACUGCUGGAAAAUGCUGGUAUGUUUUGUGGGUGGAAAGUUGACAGGUCUUGUCCAGAUGUGGCUCAAGACAGAAGUGAGAGGGUUGAAGGCUCUGGGCAGCCAGAGGCUCAGGAAUGUGAGCGUGGCCCCUGAGCUGAGCUGGGCUGUGUGUGCAGCAUUCCAGCACCAGCCCAGCCCCUGGGGAGAGGCUGCCUCCCUUCCUCAGCUCCACACCUGCCUUAGCCCAUCCCUGCCUCUCUCCAUCCCCUCCUCAAGGUUAUGCUGCAUUCCAGGGCUGCUCCUCUGUGUCCCCAGGGUGGGUGACAGAGCCUGGCCUUGCUCAGAGCCAUCCCUUCCCUGGGAAAAGCCUUUCCAUGGCUCCAGGGAUCCCUGGAGUGUGGCUGGAGCCUGCAGCCCUGCUCCUGAGAAGGCAGCAGAGUUUCUGUUGCCUCUGGAGGAGGAGCAGGCAGAUUGCUGCCAUCACUGUCUGAUUUCAAUGAGAUUCUAUACUUGUAAAAAAAAAAAAAAAAAAAAAUCAAUAAAGAUUAAACCAGAACAUG